AUGCCAGCUGCUGUAAAAUUGUGGUUUUGUCCCAUAAUUGGCAAUGAGCUGGGAAGGGCCAAUGAAUUGGGAAGGGCCAAUGAGCUUGUCCACGCAAGGGUGUCUUGCAUACUGAAUGAGUUCAUCGGCAAUAUUAACGAAAAGUAUUCGAUCUCUCAUGCCACGAAUGCCUGUCAAUUUUCAUCGACGCUUCAAUCAUUUCGCUCUGCCCACGACAGCGGUGUUUCAUUCGUGAAAUGCCACGAGGGCCAAUCGACCAUUCUACUUUGCUGCUCCGCAUCUCAAAAAGAUACCAGUUGGAUUGAAGUAGACUCCUCAAUUGAUCUUUUAUUUGGGCAAUUAACGAUUAAUGCGGCCAUUGCUUCUUCAUCGUCAUCACCGCUCGCAACACCAUCCUCGCCUGAAACACCAUCUUCAUCUACGACACCAUCUUCAUCUACUACACCAUCUGCACGGCAAUUUCUUUUGCCAAAAUGGAAAUCCGCCCACUCCCCAGCGCUAAAUUCCAAUCUUACCGCAUCGACAAGGAUGCCUUUGUUGGUGAAAUCGGAUUCGUUCACAAUUGAGGUAUAG